AUGAAGAUUUAUGCUGUGGUGUUAUUGCUAGGCUUGAGCAGUCUCGUCCUUGGGGCUCCUGGAGGUGGCGGUGGAGGGGGUCCACCUCCAUAUAGCACCGACUGGGAAACAUCGCUCAGAACUAAAGUCUUCACUAACUACUCCACACAGCAACGACCAUCACAAAGAGUAAUAGUCCAUGUGUCCUUCACGUUAUUAACCAUUAAUGAUUUGAAUAUUAAAGAUCAGACGAUGUCAUCGACAGGCUACCUCACACUGAGAUGGAUAGACGAACGUUUAAAGUGGGACACCGCAAUAGACGGCAAUGACUACAGUAAUGUGAAGUUUCUCUUCAGCACAGAGUCCUACGUAUGGCGGCCAGCUCUUAUUGUGGAAAAUUCUGUUUCUGACGUGAAAAUCAUCAGUGAUAUAAACACACCGAUGCGAAUACUGAGCACAGGAAGCAUUGAAUGGAGUCCUAUGGGACUGUAUGUUGUAAGCUGCGAGUCGGACAUCACCUAUUACCCAGUAGAUUCCCAGACGUGCUUCAUCAAAAUCAGCUCCUGGGGUUACACAUCUUCUGAGAUAGACCUAAAAAUGAAAUUUUCUACCAUUUCUCUAGGAUUCUACAGUCCCAAUGGUGAAUGGGAUUUGAUGUCCACCUCAGCUGAGGCCUCAGCUGCCAAGACAAGAGGCGACUUUAGCUUCCCGAGCCUUACAUUCACCGUGACCGUGCAGAGAAGGCUCCUGUUUCACACUCUGAAUACUCUUUUUCCGGUGGCACUCAUGGCUUUUCUUAUUCCCAUGGUCUUCAAACUUCAUUCCGAGUCUGGAGAGAAGAUUGGAUUUUCCUUAACCGUCCUCUUGGCGUAUGCUGUGUAUCUGACUAUGAUAUCAGACAGUAUUCCGAGCACUUCCUUCACUCCGUGUUACUUGUCGAUCUAUUUGGUCUUUAUCCUGGCUAUAUCCUCCAUCUCAGUUCUUUGUACUAUUCUCGUACUGAACUUCAAUUUUGGAACCGAUGAAGAUCCCAUUCCAAACGUCACCCGGGUAAUUGUUAUCUCAAUUAUUGCUCGAAUAAUUUGUUGGAAACAAAAAAGUUGUCGGCCUCGGAGAAAGGUGGCAAAUUCUUCAGUAGAACUAAUUGAAAAUUUUCAGUCCACGCAGUCCACCGAGCAGAAAGACGACUCGUCAAGCGAGACCGAUGACAUCACUUGGCAGGAUCUAGCAAACAUAAUGGACAGAGCAUUUUUCAUAUUUUUCUCACUUUUAAUUGCCUUGGCUACUGUAAUGUUUAUCUCUGUUGUUUUUUCUGAACGUGCGUCUUCCUAA